AUGAUUCAUUCUAGUGAUCAUAAUCAACGACGGAAAAAGAGAGCAUUAUUUAAACAUUAAGCUGGACCUUUUAUUAUAUUUUUUACUGUACUAAUGCCAACAAAUUGUGUGAUUUUAGAAUAGUUUUAUUUCGAUUUGAAAAUGGAUCCUACAACUUAAAUAAUAAGCGGAAUUUUAGUUUAUCUUUCUUAUUCCUUGGCUAUGUGGUCAUAUUACUAAUCGAUUACAAUAAAAAAUAAUACUAUAGAUAAAGCUAUCCCUAUUUAAGAUAAUAGAAGAAUUGACCCUUUAUAUAAAAAUACUAAUUCCUGUCUUGAAUGUAACCAAUGGAAACCUAUACGAACUCAUCAUUGUUCACUUUGUGGAAAAUGCAUAUUAAAAAUGGAUCACCAUUGCCCUUGGAUUCAUAAUUGCGUAGGUUUAAGAAAUCAUAGAUCCUUUUAUCUCUUUGCAAUGUAUAUGACUAUUGGAGCCAUGUAAUAUAGCUAUGCAUCAUGGGUUUAUUUUAGAUUUUUGUUUCGAAGCAGUGAAGGCUUCUUUGCACAUCAAUCUACCUUCUUUUAUAUUUAUUGGGGUUUAACAAGUCUAGUAUUAUAUCCAACAUGUGCUAUGUUAUGCUUCUUAUUCUUUUAUCAUACUUCAUUAAUCCUUAACAAUUAGACGACAUUAGAAUAAAUGAAAAGUGGUUCAAAUGGGAAUUGUUGUAUUCAAAGUGAUAGACCUCCUAGACAUAUUAACUUAUUCGAUAGAGGUACUCUAUCUAACAUAGCAUGGUUUUUUAAUUAUUCGUAUUUUUGGUUUCUUCCUUUUGAGAACAUUUAUAAAGAAGAUGGUACUAAAUAUCCAAUAUCUCCACUUUGUAAUCUUUAGGACAUCUAGAUCAACAAUCCUUCAAUACCACUUGUCCAAAUUCCUGAGUAAUAAUUUGAUUUUGAUAAAAUUGAUUAAAAAUAUGAAGAAUAUCUAGCUUUUGCAAAGCUAAAAUACAAAAAUAAAAGACUGGUCUUAAUUGGAAAGGAAAUAUAACUUAGUUGA